UAUGUCUAAUCACAACGAAACGGCUUCACUGGAGUUUGGGAACACAGGAAGGACGACGAGAAAUAAAUGCCUCGGUACAAAGACGAGCCUCCGGCGGUUCGCGUCUACGCGGUCUGCGACGAAUCCAGGUAUCUGAUCGUGAGGAACGUUCCGGCACUGGGGUGCGCCGACGAAUUGCUCAAACUGUUCGCUUCCUAUGGCGACGUUGAAGACUGUAAACCAAUGGAUGCCGAGGACUGUGAGCCAUUCACCGACGUUUACUGGAUCAAAUUCCGCCUCGUCAGCAACGCCAGGUUUGCGAAGAGAAAAUUGGACGAGUUUGUUUUCCUAGGAAAUCGGCUACAGGUUUCGUAUGCUCCGCAAUUUGAGAGCCUCUCUGAAACGAAGGAUAAGCUAGAAUGGAGGAGCAGGGAAGUUCUAGAACGUUUAAAUCCCGGGAGAUCCAAACGGCCUGCGGUUGGUGCUUCAACUGAGGACUCGUUGGUUGCAACUCCCUCGCAGACGAACCGCCUUCCCCAACAGAUGAACUCUAACCAAAGGGACUCCAGAGAAUCGAGUAAUAAUUAUUCUCUGAUCACACGGGUUUCCUCUGACAAGGACUAUUUUGCAUCUCAAUCGAUGAAUCAGACAGUUCAGUUGGUAAGAGAGAAGCUCAAUAAGAUUCAUUCAAGUAGUGAGCAUAUACAAGCUGCGCCAAAGAAAACACGAGUAGACAACAGAAGAAGAAUCUAAUGGAUUGUUAAUGGUGGAGGGAACUGAUUAGAUUCCAAAAAGGUGUUCAUUUAUUUUUGGGACUCACCUCAGCUUUAACUUCUCUGACGUGCACAUUUUGUCAACUGCACCUGUUUAGCUACAUCCAGCAUAUCUUGAUAAUGUAAAUACUACUCUCUUUGUUUCCAUUUUGAGUUUCUGAGGAGCUUUUUUUUUGGCCUUUUGGAGUGCAUUUUAAACCAUGUGCUUAUAUUCUUUAUAAGAACAAUAUUCAAUAUUGUAAAUGUUUUUCUGUGAUACAUACAUAAGAUGGUUUCUCA